AUGGCCCCUCAACUGCACCGUAACCCUCCUUUCCGUGCUGAGCACCUCGGCUCUCUCCUCCGGACGGAGGAGCUUCUCAAGACCAAGACUGCCUUCGAGAAGGGCGAGGUCUCUGAGGCUCAGCUCGACGCUAUCGAGAACAAGGAUGUGAAGGAGGUCGCUGAAACCCAGAAGAAGUUGGGCUAUGCCGCCAUCUCCGACGGAGAGUACCGCCGUCACAUGUUCUGGGGUUCUUUCUUCCCUGGACUUGAGGGAUUUGAGGAGGUCCGUGAUGUCGAUGCCGAUGUCUUCCGCCCCUACGCCCCCGAUGUUGCGGCGUUCCUCGAGGCUGGUCACAAGCCUGGUGAGACCGUCAUCUGCACCGGCAAGAUCAAGCACGUCGGCAGCACUUACACCAAGGAGUUCAAGUAUCUGGCUAGCGUUGUCCCUCCUGAGGAGGUCAAGAACCUCAAGAUCACCCUCGCUGCUCCUAACUGGUACCAUUUGCGGUACAAGGAGGGCAAGGCUUACCCCAAGGAUGUGUACAGCUCCGACGAGGAGUACUUCGGUGAUAUCGCCAAGGCAGUUCAGGCUGAGCUGCAGGAGCUGUAUGAUGUUGGCUGCAGAAACGUCCAGUUCGACGACCCUAACCUUGCUUACUUCUGCUCUGAGAAGAUGCUUGCUGGCUGGAAGGAGGACUCUCUGAACGUUCGCUCCGCCGAUGAGACCUUCGAGCAGUACAUCAAGCUGUACAACGACAGCAUUUCCAAGCGCCCUGCCGAUAUGCACAUCGGUGUGCACCUUUGCCGUGGUAACUUUGUUGGCAGCCGUCACUUCUCGGAGGGUGGCUAUGACCGCAUUGCCACCAAGCUCUUCAAGGAACUUAACGUCGACACUUACUACCUCGAGUAUGACACCCCUCGUGCUGGUGGCUUCGAGCCCCUGAAGGAGCUUCCCACCCACAAGAACGUCAUCCUGGGAGUUGUGACCAGCAAGUUCGCUGCCCUCGAGGAUAAGGAGGAGAUGAAGAAGCGUGUCUAUGACGCUGCCAAGUUCAUUGCUGAGGGCAACAACAUCUCUCUCGAGCAAGCCCUCAACCAGGUCGGUGUCAGCCCCCAGUGUGGCUUUGCCAGUCACCGUGAGGGUAACGCCAUUGACCGCGAUGGCAUGAUCGCCAAGCUGAAGCUUGUGCGUGAGAUUGCCAACGAUAUCUGGCCCGGCCAGCUGUAA